UAACUACCGAAAUUUUCCGUUUCAUUUGCAGCGAUGAACCGAAUACAUUUACACCUACACCCACCGACACAUCUCACAAGCGAUGUCGAUCUAUUCCUUUGUCUUCCUGAAUGUUGUUCUCAGUUAGCUCUUCUCCAGAGCCGAAGUAUGACCCAAUUCUUCGGCACUCAUGACACAUGCGGAGGUUUGCGGCUCACGCGAAGAGCUUAGGAGAUCUCUCGGUGGAAUGUCGAGGUUUGCAAUUUCCAUUCACCGUAUUUGUACAAUCUUCACUGCAUCGGUUGAAGGUGGCAGAUUAAUGUUCGGUUCUAGUGUUGUUUUCAUAAUGGAGAGCAUGAGUUGGCGAUGGUAUAGGUUUUACGACGUGCCAACUAGCUAAUCUGGUAUCUACUUGAGUGGGCCAUCAAUUCUGCAGCAACCCAAGUUUUUCUCUGCUCAAUUCGUGAUGAUCAGGCCCUCCGCUUUGUGAGGGCCUGACGAGGCGUGGGCACAAGGAGAGAGUAAAGGGAUAAGCUAUGUCCGAGGUCGAAGGCAGAGGAGGUAAAGUGCUGGUCACUGUGGGAACCACGCUCUUUGAUGCUUUGGUUAGGGAGGCGUCUUCGCAGCCCUGUCGUCAAGUUCUUGCCGAUUUCGGCUACUCUUCUCUCGUUAUUCAGCGUGGGAAGGGAUCUUUCAUUCCAGUCGAGUCUGAUGGCAAGGAUGGAGGAUUGAAAGUGACUUCUUUUGAUUUUGAACCGAAUUUGUCGGACCAUAUAGCUUCGUCUGCCCUAGUAAUCAGUCAUGCAGGUUCUGGCAGCAUUUUUGAAACUUUACGAGCCAAGAGGCCUCUCGUGGUAGUGGUGAAUGACCUGUUGAUGGACAACCAUCAGUGCGAACUAGCGGAAGAGCUUGCUGCAAGGAAACAUCUAGUGUAUGCCAGCAGUCCCGCCACUCUGAUAGAAACUCUUAAAAACAUGGAGCUUCCUUCUCUUGUGCCGUACCCUCCCUCAAACCCACUUGCAGUGGUUAGUGCCUUAAAUCAGUACCUUGGUUUUGUUGAUACAUGAUAUUACUUGCAGAUUAAGUUGUGCUUUAUGUAGUUUGUAGUAGCCAUCAAAUGGAAUGCUGACAAGUGGAAGCUUUUUCAUACAUUUUUUGAUAAUAUUUUCUGGAACUUUUCCUAA